GAUACACUCACGAGUACUCAUGCCCAAGCCCGAGUACUCUGUCCAGCAUCCACAUCGGGGAAUCAACAUAAAUGGGUGGCUCCGCGGACGGUGUUCCAGCAGUCGCGCUUGGGCGGUCCGAGUGAGCAGUAACGGAUCUUCUGCAGAAAUCAGUGCAUAGAUACAGUAUCUGAAGGAUCAAAGUGUUGAAAAUCAAUUAAAAGAUGGACGAGGCUUCUGGCACGACGACAACCGAUGGCAAGUCCCUGGAUGAGGCGCCGGUGGCCGCAGGACUGGAGCCCACACAGCCGAUCGGCUUCCUGCAGCUCUUCCGCUUCUCCACCUGCGGGGAGAUCGCGUGGCUCUUCUUUGGGUUCCUCAUGUGCUGCGUCAAGGCGUUGACCCUGCCCGCAGUGGUCAUCAUUUACAGCGAGUUCACAGCAGUGAGUACCGGGCACAGAUACUCCCGCAGAUGCAGAUUCAGAUACUCCAACCACAAUCUCUCUCCCUUCGAUUCUCGAUUCCGUAGCCCUCUCCGCUGCCACGAACAUCACCACGCUGUCGUUUCCCUUCACGAUGGCCAACAGCAGCGGCGGCGGGUACACCAUUCCCACGGGGACCCUGAGCAUCCUUCCCAUCGCGGCGAACGCCCAGCUGCCGACCAUCACGACAACGGCCAGUGGCUACGAGCCCAAUGACGUCAUCACCACGAUCCCCGUCUCGCUCUCC